AGGCUGAGCGGCGACAGCCGAACCGGAAACGGAGGACCUUUGCUUGGAGAUUCUGUGUUAGAUACAACGUUUCACGGUGUUUCUCGGUUCGCUGGAGCUGGGCCCGAAGGGCGGGGCGUGUCGUGAUGCCGGAACUGGCGGUGCAGAAGGUGGUGGUCCACCCCCUGGUUCUGCUCAGUGUGGUCGAUCAUUUCAACCGAAUCGGCAAGGUUGGAAACCAGAAGCGCGUUGUCGGUGUGCUUUUAGGGUCAUGGCAAAAGAAAGUACUUGAUGUAUCCAACAGUUUUGCAGUCCCUUUUGAUGAAGAUGACAAAGAUGACUCUGUCUGGUUUUUAGACCAUGAUUAUUUGGAAAACAUGUAUGGAAUGUUUAAGAAAGUCAACGCCAGAGAAAGAAUAGUAGGGUGGUACCACACAGGCCCUAAACUGCAUAAGAAUGACAUCGCCAUCAAUGAACUGAUGAAGAGAUACUGCCCUAACUCAGUGUUGGUCAUCAUUGACGUGAAGCCAAAGGACCUGGGGCUGCCCACAGAAGCGUACAUUUCCGUGGAGGAAGUUCACGAUGAUGGGACGCCAACCUCGAAAACAUUUGAACACGUGACCAGUGAGAUUGGAGCAGAGGAGGCUGAGGAAGUGGGAGUGGAGCACUUGUUACGGGACAUCAAAGACACCACCGUGGGCACCCUCUCCCAGCGGAUCACUAACCAGGUCCAUGGUUUGAAGGGACUGAACUCCAAGCUGCUGGAUAUCCGGAGCUACCUGGAAAAAGUAGCCACAGGCAAGCUGCCUAUCAACCACCAGAUCAUCUACCAGCUGCAGGACGUCUUCAACCUGCUGCCCGACGUCAGCCUGCAGGAGUUCGUCAAGGCCUUUUACCUGAAGACCAACGACCAGAUGGUGGUGGUGUACCUGGCCUCUCUCAUCCGCUCCGUGGUCGCCCUGCACAACCUCAUCAACAACAAGAUCGCCAACCGGGACGCAGAGAAGAAGGAAGGACAGGAAAAAGAAGAGAGCAAAAAGGAUAGGAAAGAUGACAAAGAGAAGGAGAAAGAUAAGGAAAAGAGUGAUGUAAAGAAAGAAGAGAAAAAGGAGAAAAAGUAA